AUGUCAUCCCAUUUCUCAAAAAAGUGGCUUCAACUAGCAUGGAAAGGCAUUGAAGAUCAGCAUUUCCAAGUGCAACACCCUAACUAUAAACUAUUAAACCUUAAAACAAUUACUUUUCAAGAUGGUCUUGUUGUGUGUCAUCUUCCCUAUGGACCAACUGUCUACUUCACGUUGUCAAACACAGUUAUGGGACAUGACAUCCCAAAUAUUGGAAUCAUGUCAGAGGUUUAUCCGCACUUAAUCUUUCACAAGUGCUCAUCAAAACUUGGAGAAAGGGUCAAAAACAUUUUGAAAUAUUUAUUUCCUGUUCCAAAGGACGAAAGCAAGAGAGUUGUAACCUUCGACAAUCAAGACGACUACAUUUCUUUCAGACAUCAUAGUUAUAAAAGAGUUGAUGGAAACAUCGAACUCUCCGAGAUUGGACCAAGAUUUGAAAUGAAAGUUUACGAAAUUCGCUUGGGAACAGUGGACCAAUCAGAGGCCGACGUGGAAUUGAGGCUAACGCCUUAUAUGAACACGUCAAAGAAGCGAAAGUUCUUGGAGUAAACCAACAGCAAUCGCUGUCAUCAUAAAUUUAGUAUUUAUAGACAUUGAGUCGUGUUUUUUCA